GCCAUUCCCCAGCCGGAGGCCGUGGCUGGCGCGCGCGAGUGGGCGUGGGGGGCGGGGGCGGGGCUCCGUGAAGGUCCAGGGGGCCCCGGACCUGGCGGGCGGAGUUUCAACUCUGCAGACCCUGCCGCGCCGCGCCGGGACCCAGGAUGGAGAGUAGGUGCUACGGCUGCGCUGUCAAGUUCACCCUCUUCAAGAAGGAGUAUGGCUGUAAGAACUGUGGCCGGGCCUUCUGUUCCGGCUGCCUGAGCUUCAGUGCAGCGGUGCCUCGGGCUGGAAACACCCAGCAGAAAGUCUGCAAGCAGUGCCAUGAGGUCCUGACCAGAGGAUCUUCUCCUGUCAGUGCCUCCAAAUGGUCACCACCUCAGAACUAUAAGAAGCGUGUGGCAGCCUUGGAAGCCAAGCAGAAGUCCCACACUCCACGGAGUCAGGUACUGAGCCAGCAAGACCAAGUCAUUGCUGAGCGCCUAGCACGGCUCCGCCAGGAGAACAAGCCCAAGUCAGUGCCCUCACAGGCGGAGAUAGAAGCCAGGCUAGCUGCACUGAGGGAUGAACCCCAGGGUUCCAUACCUUCCACCAAGGAGAUGGAGGCACGGCUUGCUGCAUUGCAGGGCAGAGUCCCGCCUUCUCACACCCCCCAGCUGGCACAUCAACCACCAGACACCAGGACCCAGGCCCAGCAGGCACAGGAUCUGCUGACACAGCUGGCAGCUGAGGUGGCUAUUGAUGAGAGCUGGGAACGAGGAGGCCCAGCUGCCUCUGUCCAGAACGACCUCAACCAGGGUGGCCCAGGGGGCCAGAGCACUGAUUCCAAGGGGCAGGCCACCUGGUCCCUGGAGGAGGAGAAGAGCAGGCUGCUGGCUGAGGCAGCAGUCGAGCUGCGGCAGGAGAACACGAGGCAGGAGCGGAUCCUGGCCCUUGCCAAGCGCCUGGCCGUGCUGCGGGGAGAGGACCCCGAUAGAGUGACCCUUCAAGACUAUCGCCUCCCAGACAGUGAUGACGACGAGGAUGAGGAGACAGCCAUCCAGAGAGUCCUGCAGCAGCUCACUGAAGAAGCCGCCCUGGAUGAGGCAAGUGGCUUUAACAUUCCCAUGGAGCCAACUCCCCAACCCCGGGCCCAAUCCCACAGGGCAGAGCCUGAGGCCCAGGCCAUGGCCCCCAGGCCUGAGGCUGAGGAAGAGGAGCUCCCCUGGUGCUGCAUCUGCAAUGAGGAUGCCACCCUGCGUUGUGCUGGCUGUGACGGAGACCUCUACUGUGCCCGCUGCUUCCGGGAAGGCCAUGAUGCCUUUGAUCUUAAAGAGCACCAGACAUCUCCCUAUCACCCCCCGUAUGCAGGCCGAGGGCACUGAGGAGACCCUGGUCCUCCUGGGAAGGUGAUCCUACAGGCUGUUGCACAGGCUGGGGCGCCCACUCUGGGCCCAGCUUCAGGGCAUCUGACGGGAGAGCAUGUCAGGCUAGACUGCCCACGGAUGCAUCCUUUCCGGAAUCUCAGUGUCCCUGGAAGGAGGAAAGAGUCUCCAUUCGAGAUAACUGGAGGAGCCAGAGGGAAGGCAGAAGUCAGGAGCCCUCCAGCAGCAAAGCCUGGACUUGGAGUGAGAGGCAUGAUGGGGAAAGACCAGACUGAAUCUAAAGAUGAGCCUUGAAACCUGCUCAAGGGCCCGGGGCCCUCCCCUGGCACUUAGUGGAUCUAAUAAAGUAUGUUGAUUCCUUGGA